GCUGUGUGUGCAGUGCAGUGCUGCGUGAAGAAGAAGACCCGCCCCCCCACUCCCCAGCCAAAAGAAGAGCCCAAGCCCCAAGCCAUCAAUAUACCCAUGGCAGACCCUUACCAGCAGAGGGCUCGUGCUUAUGCCGGAAAUGUCCACGGCUCUUACUCUCGCACCACUCGCCCUCCGCAGCCAAGUCCUUUUUUGACCCGAUCCCAGAGCUGCGACAACGGUGAUGAUGAUUCCUACCUCGACGGGGGAACUGGUGUAAGUCGCAGACUGAGCGUAAUUCAACAACAACAACUGCAACAUCAACAUCAAUAUCAACAAAAUCAACUUCAACAAGGACAGCAACACCCUCAUCAUCAUCAGCAACUACGACUGCAGACCAAUCAUAUCCCGAUCCCGAGUUCGAAUUCCACUACUCCUCUUCGUUACAUCUCACCGCCUCCGCCCGGCGCCCCUCCGCAUACUCCCACCACCGGUAUACCUCCACCACCACUACCUCUUCCAGCGGGCCCCCCCAUAAAUCGACGGACUUCUGUCGUCGCGAUGAGUGAACGGCCGCCGAGUCCGGGUGGCUUCUUCGCCGUCACGCCUGGUGGAAAUGGCUCGCCCUAUAUGCCGCCGUACUCGCCCGUAUUCUCGGCUGGGCACGAUGGCUUCCCGAGCAAUGCUCCAUAUCCUCCGACGCCUGGAGGAGGAGGAGGAGCCUACAACGGUGGUGGUUCCCCGCCCCCAAGUCAUCAGCCCUAUAAUCCAUCCGCCUACCAGCCCCAGCGACAAGCUUCGACAGCGGGCGCGUUUAAUCACCAGCAGCAGGCCGAAUACAGGCCGCAGAGACAGGCCAGCACCGCUUCUUACGUCGCGCCGCCGGGCGCUUCCUCAUAUGAUCCGAAUCUGUACACCACGCCAUACCCAUCGACGCAAUCGUACAGAGCCCCAGCACAGGCGCAGCCAGCCCUGUCCAUGCCGAGCGCCGCGGGUGCCGCAAGAUAUAGCUAUUCGCCGCAGAUGCAACAACAGCAAUACGUAAGUCGUCCGCAGUACCCAACGGGUUCCCACUCCACGUACAUGAGUCCGACGGUUCCGUACUCGCCGGGGCUACCGCCGGUGCCGUCGCAGUCGGCUCCGCCACAUAACGGGUACCAGCCACCCCCACCACCCCCGCCGCCACAUCCUCCCGGAUCGCCCGCGUUCGCUCAGGCCCCGUAUCCCCACCACUCGCCGAGUCAAUCGUCCAUGUCGUACGGAUCGCACUACAGUCGCCAGGAAACACACUACCAUUCCGGCUCGGACAGCGAUGUCUCGGCUCCGACCGAACCCGAUACUCCGCAUCAUCCGCUGCCGAGCCCGCCAAAGGAACGCUCGCUGUCGUACCGAGACCAUAUGUAUCCCGGCGGCUCGCCGGCAUUGCCUUCUUCCCCUCCUCCCCCGCCGCCCGCUCAUGGACACAUCGCGCGACACCAGAGUCAGUCCAGGCCGCUGCCGCAGGUGCCGAACGGCGGUGGUGAUGAGGAGCUCUAUGGCGAUAUCGAGGCUUCGCUGCAGGAUAUGGGGUCGGGCGCGAUGGCCUACAGCGACAGCUCGGCGUACAGCCAUAGGCGGAACGGCACUAAUGGGAGGAUCGACAGUGUCUAUGACUACUACGGAGGAGAUAAUGAUUCCGACCCGCCGGUUGGGAUGGAGGCGGAGAGCGAUAGACGGGGGAGUUUGAGUUCUCAGCCAUUGCCGCCGCCGAGGGAGGAUGAUAGCGAUCUGGAUUACAUGCCGCCUUCGGGUGUGGAUAUGGGCAUGAUUGGUGGGGAUUUCUUUAGUGAUGGUGGCUAUGGUGGGUUCAGUGGGCUGGGUCUGGAUAAUAACGUCGUGCCUAACCCGCUCCCACCGGUGCCCGCCGCCGCCGCGUCGCCACCGCCGCCGCCGCAGCAGCAGCAAGCAAAUAAUGAUCUGUACAAUGGCGGCCUCGAGCAUUAUUUUCCCGGCGAAAGCGACUUGCACCCGUUCCCCGUGUUUGGCUCGAAUGCGGCCGCCGAUGCUGCUCCCGAAUUCGCCUCGAAUGCCAGGGUCGAUACAUUCGGUACUGGUGGGCUGGCGCCGCCGACCAAACGCCUGUCGUUCGAAGAGGGCGACGACGACUUCGAUCACGCUUCGGAUGAGAGUCCUACGAAGAGGUCCUCUACGGACGAUGAUUUCCCAGAGUUAUUUUACCACCCAGGAUCGUUUUCGGCCAACCCUCAGCAGAACUCGAGGCCGCUCCCGAGUCUGCCUGGAUAUGAAUUUGGUGACCCGUCUUCACCGGCAGGUACUGGGCCAUCGUACGCCAGAAACUAUCAGCAGCAGCAGAUGCCUGGCUCCCAGCCGCAGUCGGCCCGCCUCCCGCCGGCAUCGCCUAGUCUCUACGGACAGAUGAAUCUCGGCGCACAGCAGCCGUAUAUUCCCCGCACCGCCAGCUUGACAAGUCAUCCCAGCCAGCCAUCGACGGUCGCGCCUGUCAGAUCGAAGACCGACGGAAAGGUCCAUAAGGCGAACAGGACUUCGAUGAUUGUCCCUGGCAACCUUGGGCUCCCUGAAUCGGAGGUUGCGAGUGGGUUGACGCCAAGUGACCUCCCCGCUAUCCCGCUCUCCAGGAAGUUCGAUCCGAAGAAAUUGAGUACCAAGGACUUUAGACGGUGCGCGGCGCCGUGGGCGCUGAGUAAGAUCUCGACGUGGCUCAAGGAGAUGACCGAGGGCGAGCUGGAUCUCAAGGAGGCGCUUGUGGCCGAUGCCGUCGCGGCGCUGUUUACGCACUUCGUGCCGACCAUGAAUGUCGCCGACGCCGAGACGCUGGCGACUAAGGUGGUGUCCGGCAUGCUCAAGGAGAAGAAUCUGAUCAAGGAGGAGGAGUGGGUGAAGUUUGGGUCCGGAGAGGUGUCCGGUGUCAUCUACCAGAUCACGGGCAGUGGUUGCUAUUCGUCCAAGCUGCACGAGUACGAUUCGCCUGCAAGAUGUUAUGCUCAUCACUGUGCUCGCACGCUAAGGAAGAUUACGCUGCCGCAUGGUGGCGCUGAGGUCACGCAGCGGAAGGAGGACUGGGCUACUCAUUGGAAGAUCAAGAAGGAGCAGCUGGUCGACGUCAACAAGAAGGAGAUUGAGCGCCAGAACAAUCUGCACGAGGUUGUGCAGACCGAGGAGGAGUUUAUGGAGCACAUGGAGGUUCUUAAGGUUGUUUACCGAGACCAGAUCCUCGUCAGCAAUAUCAUCAAGCCCAAUCGGUUAGAGAACUUUGUUCGCGAUGUCUUUGGCAAGGCGGAUGCGGUGAGGAAGGUCUCGGAGGAGCAUCUACUGCCGCAGUUGAAGUUCCGGCAGCGCGAGCAGGGGCCGUGGAUUGUUGGAUUCAGCGAUAUUUUCAGAGAGUGGAUCCGCAAGGCGAAGGUUGCGUAUCUCGACUAUGCGGCUGCGUUCCCGAACGCGGAUAUGCUCGUCCGACGAGAGGCAGAGAGGAACAUGCUUUUCAGAGAGUUCUUGGAUAAAUGCCGGCAGGAUCCGCGUGCGCGACGGUUGGAUUGGGUCACGUUCUUGAAGGGACCGAUUACCCGGUUGCAGCGGUACUCGCUGCUGCUAGCGACCGUGCUGAAGCAUACUACUAUUGACUCGGAGGAGAAGCAUAAUCUGGAGCGCGCCAUCGAGGAGAUCAAGGCGGUCACACACGAUUGCGAUGCCCGUGUCGAUGAGAUGUCGAAGCGUGUGCAGCUCAUGGAGCUCGACGCCAAACUUGUGAUGCGCCAGUGGCCGGUGGAUCUGAGGGCUGGGGAGAAGGGCAGAGAAUUGAUCUUCAAGGGCGAUCUUCAACGGACUGGAAACAAUCGGUUUACCUGGCUCGAGACACAUGCCAUCCUUUUCGAUCAUUACCUUGUGCUGGCUAAGACGAUGAUGCAGAAGGAGGUUGCUGGAGGCGCGAAGCAGGAACGGUACGAUGUGUCGCGCAUGCCGAUCCCGAUGGACCUUCUCGUGCUGGAAAGUACCAACGACGACCCGGUUAUCCGGAAUGCGGCGAAUCGAUUGGGUAUCGCAGGUCCCGCCACGACGACGAAGGAUACCGCUCGAGGUAGGCACAAUAGUGCUGUCGGUGUGCCGACUCUGUCGCAUACCAACACCAGCAGCAGUAUCAGUAGCACUGCCACAGCACCUGGCCGGUUGGUUACGAAUAUUCCGGACAUGAAUGCUCGCGACGAUAGAGUGCUGUACCCCUUCCGCAUCAAGCAUCUGGGCAAUCCGACACGAGUGCAGAAGACCGAUGACAACACGUACAUCCUGUAUGCGCCCAGCGCCGCCAACCGUAAGGACUGGUGCGACAAGAUCAUCCUGGCGAAAGAGAAGCACGCGGCGAGCCUACACGCGCAGAAUGCCGAGCCGUUCCGACUCAAUGUCAUGGCCGACUGUGCCUUCGGCUACGACAGCGCUGCGGCCGCUGCCCAGCCGAAGCCGAUCAAGAUCCGCGGCACACCGCUUGACCGCGCCAUCUCCGAGGUCGAGAAGCGCUAUGACGGCUUACCCAAACCCCCGGCCAUCUGCAAGGCCAGCGUCAACUGUGCCACCGCGUUCACCGCGCAAUACGGCCGCGAAAUGGUCGCCAUCGGAACGGACUUUGGGGUUUUCACCGCGGAGGCGAAUAAUCCAAGAGGUUGGACCCGUGUCAUAAACGCGGUCAAGGUCACGCAGAUCGCUGUCAUCGAGGAGUUUAGUCUUUUUUUGAUACUGGCCGAUAAGGCCCUCGUGGCGUAUCAUCUGGACGUGGUCGUGCCGCUGCCUGGCGCUGCUGCUGGCUCGGCGACGAAGCAGAAGGCGCCGCAGAAGUUGAGUGGCGCGAAGGAUGUGGGUUUCUUUGCUACUGGCCGCAUGAAGGAGCGCACGCUGGUGUUUUAUAAGAAGCGCGAGGGGUUGAGUUCGACUUUCAAGGUUCUGGAACCGGUAUUUCAGAAGGCGACGGAGAAGAAGUCACGUUUUGCUAGGAAGGGGACGACGGAGUUCUUCAGGGAGUUUGACGAGUUCUAUAUUCCGACCGAUUGCUACGGAAUCAACCUCUUCCAUUCCAGUCUCGCUGUGCAUACUUCCAAAGGCUUCGAAGUGAUGACGCUAGACAAGAAGCAAGCAUGGUCCGUGCCCGAGCUGCGCGCGGGCUCUCACGUCGACGACAUCGCGUCGCGACUGUCUGGCGAAAAACCACUGGGGAUGUUCCGGCUCAGCGAGAUCGAGUUCCUCCUGUGCUACGAGGAGUGCGCGGUCUACGUCAACAAGCACGGCGACGUCUCGCGCUCCGUCGUCAUGGAGUUCGUCGGCAAGGCCAUGACCGUCGCCAUGUACGGCCCUUACGUCCUCGUCUUCGACCAGGACUUUGUCGAGAUCAGAAACGCACAGAAUGGUAGGCUGCGACAGGUCAUCUCCGGGAGAGACGUCAGGUGUCUGGAUGAUGCUAUGGGCGGUGGGACGGCACCGGGAUCGAAGGGUGGGAGGUCGGUCAAGGUCGCUAUGGCACAUCCGGAGAUCGAUGGACGCCAGUUGGUCGUAGAGCUGGUGCUCAAUGAAGGGCAGAGGGAUUGAGGGAUUGGUGCGGCUGGCUGUCUGGCUGUCGGUCUGUAGUCGGGACUUGUAUGUAAAUAGGGUGUUGAUUAAGGUGUUUUUCAUUUUCAUUUUCAUUUCUACUG